GUCUGGGCGGCCCGUGGUGCGGGUUUGAGUGGAGAGAACCGGCGGCUCGAGUGGUACUAGGAGCAGCAACCAUGGACGUGGGCGAACUUCUGAGCUACCAGCCCAAUAGGGGCACAAAACGUCCCCGGGAUGACGAAGAAGAGGAGCUGAAAACCCGUCGGAAACAAGCGGGUCCUCGAGAGCGGGGCCGCUUCCGGGAAGAGGAGCUGACGGUGGCGGAAGAGGCCGAUGACGACAAGAAGCGGCUGCUGCAGAUUAUUGACAGAGAUGGGGAGGAGGAGGAGGAAGAGGAGGAACCACUGGAUGAAAGCUCAGUGAAGAAAAUGAUCCUCACAUUUGAAAAGAGAUCAUACAAAAACCAGGAGUUGCGCAUCAAGUUUCCAGACAACCCAGAGAAGUUCAUGGAAUCUGAGCUGGACCUAAAUGACAUCAUUCAGGAGAUGCACGUGGUAGCCACCAUGCCAGACCUGUACCACCUUCUUGUGGAGCUGAACGCCGUGCAGUCGCUGCUCGGGCUGCUGGGACACGAUAAUACAGAUGUGUCCAUUGCUGUGGUCGACUUGCUUCAGGAGCUCACAGACAUAGACACCCUCCACGAGAGUGAAGAGGGAGCAGAAGUCCUCAUCGACGCCCUGGUGGAUGGGCAAGUGGUGGCACUACUGGUGCAGAAUCUGGAGCGGCUGGAUGAGUCUGUGAGAGAGGAGGCCGACGGCGUCCACAACACUCUGGCUAUCGUGGAGAACAUGGCUGAGUUCCGGCCCGAGAUGUGCACAGAGGCUGCGCAACAGGGGCUUCUGCAGUGGCUGUUGAAGAGACUGAAGGCAAAGAUGCCCUUCGACGCCAACAAACUCUACUGCAGUGAAGUGCUAGCCAUCCUGCUCCAGGACAAUGACGAAAACAGGGAAUUGCUCGGGGAGCUGGAUGGAAUCGAUGUGCUUCUUCAGCAGUUAUCUGUAUUUAAAAGACACAAUCCCAGCACAGCUGAGGAGCAGGAGAUGAUGGAGAACCUGUUUGAUUCACUCUGCUCCUGCCUCAUGCUCAGUUCCAACCGGGAGCGCUUCCUCAAGGGCGAGGGACUACAGCUCAUGAACCUCAUGCUCAGGGAAAAGAAGAUCUCUCGGAGCAGUGCAUUGAAAGUGCUAGACCAUGCCAUGAUUGGGCCUGAGGGCACCGACAACUGCCACAAAUUUGUCGACAUCCUUGGCUUGCGAACCAUCUUCCCCCUCUUCAUGAAAUCUCCCAGGAAGAUCAAGAAAGUAGGAACCACUGAGAAGGAGCACGAAGAGCACGUCUGCUCAAUUCUGGCCUCGCUCCUGCGGAACCUUCGAGGGCAGCAACGAACCCGGCUUCUGAAUAAAUUCACUGAAAAUGACAGCGAGAAGGUUGACAGGCUCAUGGAGUUGCAUUUUAAAUAUUUGGGCGCCGUGCAAGUGGCCGACAAAAAGAUCGAAGGUGAAAAACACGACAUGGUCCGGCGUGGCGAGAUCAUCGACAAUGACGUAGAUGACGAGUUGUACCUGCGACGCCUGGAUGCCGGGCUCUUUGUCCUACAGCACAUCUGCUACAUCAUGGCUGAGAUCUGCAAUGCCAACGUCCCCCAGAUCCGCCAGAGGGUCCACCAGAUCCUAAACAUGCGAGGGAGCUCCAUCAAGAUUGUCAGGCACAUCAUCAAGGAGUACGCGGAGAACAUCGGCGACGGUAGGAGCUCCGAGUUCCGCGAGAGCGAGCAGAAGCGCAUCCUGGGCUUGCUGGAGAACUUCUAGAGCCGGGGAACUGCCCCUGCUGGCAGCCCCGGCUGCCCUCCCCAGAGCCAGUUUUCCCCCAGUGUCCUUGGCUUUUGGACAGAAUAAAGCUAGUUUUGG